CUGCUGCGCUAAGUGCUAGCCGAGCGGCUACUUUUCUUUACCGCUGCUUUCUCUCUUCUUACCUAAAGGGAUACAACUCAAAACAUCAGCGGGAUUUGUUUGUAAAACCGGUACUAUUUGCAGCAUUGCGGGCCGUCGUCAUGGCUCUGCGGGGCCCAGAGGAGCUCGGGGAGCAGGUGGAAGAGCCGGAGGAUCUGGACGACCAGGACGCUAGUAGCAUCUCCCCGGCCGAGGAGAUAACGCUGCCACCCGGGCCCGGAGGCGACGAGGAGCUGGGGGAAACGCUAUUGUUGCCGUGGGACCGCUUUUCUGCCUGGUUGCACUGCAUCUGCGUGGUGGGGUUCGACCUGGAGUUGGGACAGGCCGUGGAGGUUAUUUACCCUCAUCAUUCCAAACUGUCAGAGAAAGAGAAAACAAGCAUCUGCUACCUUUCCUUUCCUGACUCCAACUCGGGUUGCCUUGGCGACACCCAGUUCUGCUUCCGCUUCCGACAGGGCUCCAACAGGAAGUCGUCGCUUGGCUGCUUCCUGGAAACCACUGACCGGGAUGCACCGCCCUGUCUUAAGAGGGAGCAGGGCCAUUAUUAUGGCUAUGUGUACUUCCGUCAGGUGCGAGAUAAGUCUCUAAAGAGAGGAUACUUUCAGAAGUCUCUGGUUCUCAUCAGUAAGUUGCCAUAUGUGACCUUCUUCCACUCGCUGUUAAAGAUCAUGGCUCCAGAAUACUUUGAGAAACAGGAGCCCUGCCUGGAAGCCGCAUGUAAUGACAUGGACCGCUGGCCAACGCCGCAUCCUGGACGAAUCCUCACACUACCUAUAAUGGGCGUUGUCAUCAAGGUUCGCAUCCCAACUUCUUAUGACAAACCAGGAACUUUGCAGCUGGUCCAGUCUACCCAGAGUGACAGUCUAGUAUCCAUUGUGCUCCCAACCAUCCAUGAAGUCGACCUUUUCAGAUGUUUCUACCCAGUGUUCUUCCACAUCCAGAUGCUGUGGGAGCUGGUGCUCCUGGGGGAGGCGCUUGUCGUCAUGGCACCAUCACCAGCUGAGUCAUCUGAUACUGUGCUGGCUCUGGUCAGCUGUGUCUCUCCUCUGCGAUACUGCAGUGAUUUCCGGCCAUACUUCACCAUCCACGACAGCGAGUUUAAGGAGUACACCACCAGGACGCAGGCUCCGCCUUCGGUCAUUCUCGGUGUGACCAAUCCGUUUUUUGCUAAAACUCUGCAACACUGGCCUCACAUUAUCCGCAUCGGAGACAUGAAACAAGCAGGGGAGAUGGCCAAGCAGAUGAAAGUCAAGAAACUAAAAAACCUCAAAACUCUGGACUCGAAACCCGGUGUGUACACUGCUUAUAAACCAUAUCUGAACAAAGAUGAAGAAAUCAUAAAACAGCUUCAGAAGGGUGUUCAACAGAAGAGACCUUCCGCCGCCCAGAAUGCCAUUCUCCGACGCUACUUCUUAGAACUGACACAGAGCUUCAUCAUUCCACUGGAGCGGUAUGUUGCCAGUCUGAUGCCUCUUCAGAAGUCUAUCAGCCCCUGGAAGAGCCCGCCUCAGCUGCGACCCUUCGUUCAGCAGGACUUCAUGAAAACACUAGAGAAAGCUGGACCUCAGCUCACAUCGAGGCUUAAAGGAGACUGGAUUGGACUCUACAGGCAUUUCCUCAAGUCUCCCAACUUCGAUGGCUGGUUCCGCAACAGGAAGAGGGAGAUGACCCAAAAGCUGGACGCGCUGCACCUGGAGGUGCUGUGUGAGGAGGAUCUACAGAAGAGAAUCCAGAAGCACACGGAGGUGGAGACCGUUGAUCUUGUCCUGAAGCUGAAGGAAAAACUGAGUCAGGCAGAGAGGGAGCAGCUCCCCGUGCGCCCGGGGACUCUGGCUAAAAUCAAAGCUCACAUUGAGGCUGUGAUCCAGGCUUUACCUGAGGACCUGCAGGGCAUCCUCCACAAACCCUCCUCCCCCUGAACGGCACCCGGCUGCAGCCCCAGACUGAGCUUGUUUUAAAGUUUAUGGGGCA